GCCAGAGUCGGCGUCGCGUUAUGAUCAGCUCCAGUGCGUUGGCACGCGUUAUCUAACUACGGCACAAACACAAACCGAAUCGACAAGCAAACAAACUCAUAAAUAGUAUACACAGUGCCGACAGUAUCUAUAGAAAACACAUAUACAUAUAUGUACAUAUAAAAUAUCAGAAAUAAUAAAAACAAAAGUAGUUGUAUCUGUGCUCGCGUGUGUGUGUAUUUGUGGGUGUGUGAGUGUGCGUGCGUGCUCACUAUUUUCGAAUUUUGGGCUUCUUGUAAUGUGAAAAGACAGCUAAAUAAUAGGCGCAACAGUCUAGUUAAAAUGUCAGGGACGCUGCAAGCGGCUCUAUAUAUCUAUUUGUUGAGUACUACGAGUCUUAUUAUGAGUUGAGCAGCAAUUGACACAUGGUCAAAAAUGCAUUACACGCUAAUUUAAUAUAGAAUGUUACCCAGCCUGCACACCUUGAUGCGUUGCUCGAAGCGUGCGCUGCAGUCGCCGCUGGAUGCGGUCAAGAUGCACAGCUCCACGGGCCACAGCAAGGCGCCCGGCGUCGGCAUAUAUGGUCCCUUUACGCCGGCGAACGAUCUGAGCUGCUCGGGCCGAGGCGAUUGCGUGAACAACACCUGCGUCUGUGACAUACGCUAUGCGGGCGAUGAGUGCGACUUCUUUAAUCUGUCCUACUAUGCGGGCAUCUCCACCGUCUUCUAUGUGGUGGCUCUGGUCUCGGUCAUUCAGCUGCUCAUCUGCAUUGUCGCCGAGUAUCAGCGGCUCAAGCAGCCGUCGAUUCUGCGCGCCUGCCGCAUCACCACUCAAAAGUUGCUCUACUUUAUGGUCUUUGUGGCUUCUUCGCUACGCGGCGCCUACUUUACCACACCUCUGGAUCUGCAGCCCCAGUGGGCAGUCACCCUGAUGUCCGCUUAUUAUCCGCUGCUGAUGACCUGCGCCUCUCUCAUCGUCUGCAUGUGGGCCGAGAUAUUUCACUUGCGCGACAUACGCUGGGAGAAGUCGCAGUUUCUGUCGAAGAGCUUCCUAGGCUUUGUCGCCUUCAACUUCUUUCUGUACAGCCUAUUUGGCAUUGAGGUAUUCAGUUCGCUGAUAAAUUCGGAACGUCGCGAUUAUGCGCACAUCUUCAAUGGCUGUUAUGCUGUGCUCCUGCUGAUUGUGGUUAUCUUCUUUCUGAUUUACGGUGUGGAGGUGUUCUUUAAGCUACGUGGCGGUUUUGUCUACGACCAGACGGGCAAAAUACUUGGACCCAGUGAGGCAAUCGUGAACGCCUCGCAGCUCCAUCAGUCGCGUCUUGGGCUGCUCAGCCAGGCCAUAAUGCUGAUUGUGAUUGUUGGAUUUCUUACUUCCGAAACGCUAGGUGACUUAUGGAAGGGCAAAGUGCCCGUGAAUUCGCGAAACUGGUAUGAUAUCAUCUUUCGUAUUGCCGAAAUAGGCGUCGCUUUGUGGUUUCCCUGCUGCCUGUGGAACUCUAUGGCACCCGAACAGCUCUGGAUACUGAAUCCACGCAAGCUGCUGUCCCGUCAAAUCGAUCCAUCGAUACCCACGCUCGAUGCCGACAGCAAUAAAUUGUCGCCCGAAGAGGGGCAGACGUUCCUGAGCAAAAAGGACUGCUGGAUAUGCUAUGACAGCGAUAAACCUGAACCGCUCAUUCAGCCCUGCCGCUGCACUGGCGAUGUCAGCUCUGUGCACCACGAGUGCCUCAAACGUUGGCUAGUCGAGAGCUGUGGCAGCAACAACGAGGCGCAGCUGGCCUGCAAGGUUUGCUCACAUCCCUACGAAAUCGAGAAAUCGAAAAAACUCGAGUGGGACAAGGGAUUUACCAUACAGCAUUGGAUGAAGACCGUCAUAUUGAUCACGCUAAUGUGUGUGACGGGUGCCACAGCCUGGGCCAUCAUACAAAUGUAUGUGGAUCCGCUGGUGCGUGUCCUCACCGUUGGCGUCGCUGUGCUCAUUGGCUAUGUGUGUGUCAAGUGUCUGGGCGAGAAUACGGUGGUGGCCUACCAACGUGCCAAGGUUAGCUCCAUCAACAUUGUGACUAGCUCCGAGAUGGAGAAACUGCAUACCAUAUGCGAGGAUGUCAGUUCAGCUAGCACCUCAGCGGCGGCAGCUGCAUCACAGGCCGCCUCCUAAAACGCAAGUCGGCAGUUGAAGUCUAUGCCAUAAGGAAACAUCACACCCAUACACAAAUGCCAAUGCAAAUGCAAACAAGGCAUAUGCUUACAUACACAUAUACAUAUAUAUGUAUUUAAGUGCGUAUACACAGACAGACGAGAGACACGACACGAACGAUAUAGUUUAUUAGAUUUAGCGCCCUUUUUGCACACAUUUUUGCUCAAGGCCCCCUCCAGAAAACAAAACUCUUCCCCGCAAACUGUGUACAUAAGUUUUAAGUCAUUUAGUAUGUAGGAUAAUGUUUCGAAACAAAGAAACAAAAAGCAAAACAAAAAAAUCGAGUCAAUUUUGUCACUCAAAAUAACACGCAUUAUUCCAAACGGUACAUGUAUUGAAACAAAACAAAACAACUGAGAAAAUCAAGCCAAAUAUUAUAUAAUCUGUGUACCACAUACAUAAGCCAGUAUCAAUUAUCUUACACAAAUUACGGAGAACGUUAUGAGAUUAUGAUUACGAUAGCAUACACACACACAGACACACACAUAUACAUACAUACGUUGCCAAGUAGUUGGGGAAGUUUUUCAAUUGAUAAAGAGAAAAAUUUGAAAUGUGUAGAGUUAACAAAGGCACCAGUCAAUGUCAGUCUAGCUGAGCAUGUUUGUAGUUUGUAGCAUAUAUAUUUACAUAUACAUACAUAUAUAUAUAUAUAUAUAUAUAGAAACACGUUAAGAUCUUAAAUUGUGAGCGUAUGCAACGCAUGCGUCUCUCCAUACAGCACAGUUAAGUUUAUUUGGCGAAUAUUAAUUUAGGAUCAAACACAAACACACAUACCUAUUAUACAUAUAUAUUUUUAAUUUUUUUUUUUUUCGUGUAAUUUGUAUUCAAUGCGAAUACAGUUCGCAGUACACCUUAAGCCUAUACUUAACGAACCUAAUUUAUAAACAGUUUAUUCAAUUAUUUAUAUAAAAACCGCGCCCACAUUUCAAUUAUGUUUAUGGAAGCAAUUUUUUUUUUUGCUAUUCAAACAUAGUUUCCACAAAUUCAACACAACAUAUUUACACAUUAAGCUAAUAUACAUUUUUGUGAUAAACCAGUUAAAAUAUAAAUUAAAACAUUUAUAUCAAAUAAAAUGCAUAUUUUUAA